CAGAACUGCUGCCUGCUCCCACUCUGGUCUGUCUACAGAACACCCUCCACAGACCUUCUGGGCGGGGGGCAGCAGCCUUUCCCUGCCCUAACCCUACCACUGUCGCCCCAGCAGAUGUUCCUCCUCUUCUCUGGCCACGACUCCCAGGCCCUCAGGUCUGCUGGCAUUGCUUCCUCACCUUGCAAACCCUCCUUGGUUGCCGGGUCCCGGAAUCAGAGCCAAGACUGACUGGAGGGGGAGAUCCUCUGGCCCCAGGCCCUGGCUGCAAGCCCCGUAGCCCGGGAUGUUCUGGCCAUGGCCUCAGGAGCCCCGCAGAGAAGCAGCCCGCCGGCCUGCAGCACAGAGGAGAUCCCCAGCUUCCUGGACCAGCUCCUCCGUGACUUCCCCACCCCGCUGAGCCCCGAGAGCCCUUUGCCGUGGAAGGUCCCGGGGACGACGCUGAGCCAGGACGAGGUGGAGGGCGAGCUGGCAGAGCUGGCGCUGGGCUUCCUGGUCAGCAGGAAUGCUCCGCUGCCGCUUGCUGCAUCCCUGACCCACGAGGCGCUUGCCCAGUUUCUUCAGACAGACCUUUCUGAAUUUCAGAAGUUGCCCAGACAGCAAGAGGAAGAAGAAGAGGAGGAGGAUGAGGAGGAAGAGCAGGAGAAGGCUGCUGUGACCUUGCUAGAUGCCAAAGGCCUGGCCCGAAGCUUCUUCAACACGCUCUGGGCAGUCUGCAGCCAGUGGCAGAAGCAGGUGCCACCAACUGCUCGGCUGCCACAGCGGCAGUGGCUGGUCUCCAUCCACGCAAUCCGUAACACUCGCCGCAAGAUGGAGGACCGGCACGUGUCCCUCCCUGCCUUCAACCAGCUCUUUGGUUUGUCGGAUGCUGUGGAGCGUGCCUACUUCGCCGUGUUUGACGGACAUGGUGGCGUGGAUGCCGCGAGGUACGCUGCCGUCCACGUGCACGCCAAUGCUGCCCGCCGACGGGAGCUGUCCACAGACCCAGCCAGAGCCCUGCGGGAAGCCUUCCGAUGCACCGAUGAGAUGUUUCUCUGGAAAGCUAAGCGAGAGCGGCUGCAGAGCGGCUCCACCGGCGUGUGUGCACUCAUCGCGGGCACGACGCUGCAUGUGGCCUGGCUUGGGGACUCCCAGGUGCUCCUGGUGCAGCAAGGGCAGGUGGUGAAGCUGAUGGAACCGCACAAGCCCGAGCGAGAGGACGAGAGGGCACGCAUCGAAGCGCUGGGUGGCUUCGUGUCACACAUGGACUGCUGGAGAGUCAAUGGGACACUGGCUGUCUCCAGGGCCAUCGGGGAUGUCUUCCAGAAGCCCUAUGUGUCUGGAGAGGCAGACGCAGCCUCCCGGGAGCUGACGGGCUCCGAGGACUACCUGGUGCUCGCCUGCGACGGCUUCUUCGACGUCGUCCCCCACCAGGAAGUCGCUGGCCUCGUCCAGGGCCACUUGGUCAGGCAACAGGGCAGCGGGCUGCACGUGGCCGAGGAGCUAGUAGCUGCUGCCCGGGAUCGGGGCUCCCACGACAACAUCACGGUCAUGGUGGUCUUCCUCAGGGACCCCCUCGAGCUGCUGGAGGGUGGGGCCUCUCAGGCCGACGGAAGCCAGGACUCACCCGAGCCCAGCACACUACAGCGAAGCUAGGUGUGAUCCGUGCCCCAACCCCCCUGGCCCGCCACCCUCCCCGAUCCUUGUGAUUGUCCCCCGUCCCCACCCCAGAGGCCUUAGGAACCCACAGGUGGCAUUGAACAGGAGGUGCCUGCCUGCAGUGUUCUCCCCACCCCCUGCACUUGGGAUGUUUGCUUCAGCCUGUGCUGAUGGCAGGCAGGUGGAGGCAGCCCAGGAAGCUGGCUACCUCCUCGGGCCCAGCUCCCCCAGGUGCCUAGGCAGCCAGCAGCAGCCAGACCGCAGGUGGGUGUGGCACUGGAACCCUAGGGUCAGGCUGGAGUGGGGGUGGAGGGAUGCAGUGCCUCGGGACUGUGGCUACUGCUGGGGAGGGGCUCGUCUGAGCUGUGCCAGCGGGUCCUGGGUGGCCAUGCCAGCUCCCCCAAGGGGGAGAGCAGCGAGCAGCUUCCAGUGGAGAGAAGGCAUGCUGGGUGUAGCUGCGGUGGCCAUGCCGCCUGCUUGCUCCACAGCCACCCGUGAGGUGCCAGGCCUUCCUGGGGAGCAUGAAGCUGGAAACCUACGAAGAUAUAAUGUCUUUGGUUUGGGUUUCUUUUUUUUCUCUCUCUCUGCCCUCUCCAGGGAAGCAUCUCAUUUAGAAGCAGUAUUUCAGGUUUCAUCCAUAUUUUCUCAGUGCCAACGUUACCCUGUUGUGUCAUAUAAUUUAAGCAGAGUUUUUAGCUUUUAUUUUUAUUCCUUAGAAAACUUAAGUAUGAACUUUAAAAAAAAAAUUGUUUUUGGCAGUAUUACUGAACGGUUCAGGAUUGACAUAGACUUUUUCCAGGGGGUGUUAAUGAGCCACUCAAGUGCCUUACACAGCCUCAAGGGGACUGGCACAGCUGUGGGCACGGUCCCUACUGUAGCCGUAUUUGUGUCAAUAGGGGGGCCUGGUUUGGGUUAGAGACCUUUGGGCUAGGUGGCUCUUUGUCAGGAGCCUUGUGAAGAGGAGUGACAGGCACCACGAGGCCAUGGCCUCUGCUCACCCAUCCAGGGGACCUGGCUGCUGUGAGUCAGGAGGGUCCCAGAGUGGCUUGUGUGCUUGUAAUCCCGCUGGCAUCAUUAAUUCAAGAGGCCCUGGUAAACCCAGCAGCCGCCUGCCUCAGUUGGUCAGGAAGUGUCAAGGGGACAGACCAUACUCCUGCUCCUGCCCUGGCAGCUGGCAGAGGCCGCCCGUGCCCCUGCCCUUCCCUGCCCUGCUGCCAUGGGAGCCUGCUGUCCCUGAGGUUCACAAGUGACAGUCCUCAGAUGCCUUGGAGCUCACAGGUGCUACAAGUGGCAAUGCUGAACAGGUGAGGUUGGGAGAAGGCAGAAUUAAGGAGCAGGGCCUUGAGUGGCAUAGCUGAUAGAGAGGCUGGCAGUGCAGGGAAGGUGUGGCCGCGAAGCCCCCUGGAAGCCAGCAGGGAGCACCUGCAGGCAGUGAAUUCACACAAGGGCAGGGGCUUAGGAGCCCAGCCCUCCCUGCAGGGUCAAAGCUGCCAUCAAAGGCAUGUGAUGCUCACCGCAGGCCCCACAGCAGGGAUGCAGGCUGGUGCCCAGUGCUUGGCUCCGUGUCUCCUGGUGGAAAGUAUCUUCCGUUCAGAAGACGGUUGGCCACCCAUGAAGACCAACCUAAGGACCCUGCUGCCUCCUGGAAGCCAGGGCAGGGGGAAGCACAGGGACUCCCCACUCGCUUGCCACGCCUAGCUGGGGCAUGGCUUGUCAGAGAAGAAGCUGUGGGCUCCUGUUUUUUCUUUUGCUAAUAACCUUUUCCUGUUUGAUGCUGUCAGGAGUUUGGGUCACUGAGACUGGAUUUGUACCUUCCUGGGCUUUGCCAGGAAAGCUGCCAGUGGCCUUGCUCCCCACAGCCAGCUGGCCAGCCUCUGUGGCAAAGCCGGAAAGCUCCUCGCCCCCCAGCCAGGGAUGCUGCUCUGGAAUAUUCUGAAUCCCUUCUCGAACUGGCUCAUUUGAGAGCUGAGCAAGUUUUCUCGCUGGGUCUCAGUUUCCCUUUGGUGAGGCCUGCAGUGGUUGGGGUGGGAGGAGCACCUGUGGUAUCCCCCCAAGUCUGCUGGGAUUCAGGAGUUACACAUUCCCUGUGAACCGGGCACUGUCAAAGGGGGGAGGGGGCGGUGCCAGUGUGGUGGGCCCUCCCCCACCGCCCAGGGGGAGGGUUUAUAAAGUAUUAACGUCCAUUCUGAAAAGGAAGUGAAUUGGAAGAGAACAGAGCUGCAGAUCGCAGGCGCCUUCUGUGGCACACAGAACCCAGAGCAGUUAAACCCCGCCCCCGCCAUUGCAGGUACUCCGGCUGCAGACCCCAAACCUCUAGAACAGCUCCCAGGGAAGGCAAGACGGGGUCAACCUCACCCCAGGAAUCCCACAGUCAGACCUGGCCCUCAGGACCCAGGAUAGCAAGUGGGUGUCUCAAGGGAAGGGACAAAGUCUGGGAGAAGGCCAGCAGGGUGUGAGGUCCCCUGGGAGUGAUGCCAAGCCCCUGCCCUUGUUUCCUCCUGCCUCCCCUCCCCCAUUUACAGUGUGCCCCGGCUACCUCAGCAGUGUUCUCAGGGCUGACAGGACAGCCCUGACCAUUCCUGAGCCUGGAUCCCCAGCCCUGGGAGUUCCCAGGGCAGCCUAACUCAAAUAAGCUUUUUUUUUUUUUUUCUCCUUCUGAUAUAUUCCUGCUGCCUCUCGCCCCAAUGGGGGAAGCGCCCGUAGCCCUGUGCCGCCCACCAAGGCUCCUACAGCUUUGCCAAAUGUGCCCAGCUUUGCCAUUCUUAUACCCGCCACCAGCCUUGCCAAGGGUUUAUGGGCACGCAUCCGAGGGGGUCUCCUGUGAGGUGCGGUGGGGAAGUCAUGCCCCGUGUCCCCCACUCCAGGGUAGAAGGGCCCUCCGUGCCCAGGUGCCAAUAAACCACAA